CUUUGAGCUGACGUUUCGCAUAGUUUGUCAAUCCCCCAGCUGCGAUCAUGGAAAAGUGGCUAAGUGAAACCUUAUCCAAGUGCCUGGACUGUGUGGUCACGGAUCAAAUGAUGUCCACCAUUUUGGCGAUCAGAGAUGACCAGGAGUUCGACAACUACUUCGGCAAUCUGCUGAGCGAGGACAUCGAGGAGCAUCGCCUGUUUCUACACAACUGCCGCCGCAUGCUGCUCAGCGGCAAGCAACCACGCAGCAAUGCCAAAAACAAGUCGCCCGUUACCACAAAUGCUCCACCCGUCCAACGGCCCGGUGGCGGGGCGGCCAAGAAGCAGGGUAAAUUUGUGAGCAUGUAUGCUGGCGAUGGUAAACUCAUGGGCGACACCAUUCUGCUGAAGGGGCGACGCAGCUGCGACUGUCAGGCGGCGGAGCACACGCUUAUCAACAAUUGCCUGGGCUGCGGGCGCAUUGUGUGCGAACAGGAGGGCAGCGGGCCGUGCCUCUACUGCGGUGAGCCGGUUUAUACCACCGAGGAGGAACAGCAAAUGGCGAAGUCCGCAGCGACCACGCGUGCCAAUACCAAGGGCCAGGCCAAGGCGCUGAAGAAGCAGCAGCCAAAUGCAGCGGCCGGCAAGUCCAAUAAGGAAGCCUCGCUGCAACAGGCGCUGGCACAGCGCGAUCGUCUGCUGGAGUACGACCGGAACAGCGAGAAACGCACGACAGUCAUUGAUGAUGAGCUGGACUACUUCCAGGAGAACUCCGUUUGGUUGACCGAUGCCGAACGCGAGAAGUACGAACAGCUGAAGAGCGAGAUGCACGAACUGAAGCACGGCAGCCGGCUGAAGCGCAAGAUCAAGGUGGACUUUGCUGGACGGGAGCUGCCCGACGAAUCGCUGGUCAGCAAGGAGUACGAGCAGCAGGUGCUGCGCCAGCUGGCUGCUGUUAGCAAGGCUGCAGCCAUAGACCAGGGCAGCUCGCUGACCGGUCAUUCCGCGCUUGCGCUGGCGCCCAAUCUGGGUGUGGCCAAGCCACCCGUGUUCAAGGCGAGCAAGGAGCAGAAAGCGUGGCCCGCACAACCUGCCAAUGACGGGCUUGAGCGCGUCUACAAUCGGGUGCAGGAUAAGGAGCUGCUCGAAAUGCAGGACAUGCGCCAGUGCCUGUCUAUGCACCAGCCCUGGGCAUCUCUCCUGGUGGGAGGCAUUAAAAAGCACGAAGGCCGCGUAUGGUACAGCGAGCAUCGCGGUCGCCUGUGGAUUGCCUCCACCGCCAAGGAGCCGCAUGCCGAUGACAUUGCCCAAAUGGAGCAGUUUUAUCGUGUGCUCUACAAUGAUGACAAUCUAAAGUUCCCAUCGCACUAUCCCACAAGCAGUCUGUUGGGCUGUGUGAAUGUGGAAAGCUGUUUGCCCCAGGAGGAAUACCGUGAACUCUAUCCCCAGGGCGAAUCCGACAGUCCCUAUGUGUUUGUGUGCAGUAAACCGGAACAGUUGCCACUGUUGCUGCCAGUGCAGGGCGAGCACAAGAUCUAUGAGCUGCCGCUUAAGACGCACAACGCCGCCUGCAAAACAAUGCUGCGUGCACGCGCCGCCAAAGGUUGAAAUUCAAAAAUUAAUUACAUGGAAUCCUGUUAACAUUUUACAUUCUAAGGAAACUGUUUUGUAAAAACUUUUUAAGCAUUUCAAUUUAAAG